UAUCUGCCCGGGUGGUAAAGGCUCCGGGACCCGGGCGGGUCCGCUUCCCACGCGGCUCUUCGGAACCGAGGAAGGAAAGACGAUAAUACGCGCCUUUGUUGCCCUCCAUGAGCGCCGUCGUGGGACCGGCUGCCUUGCGCGGAGGUGUCCCCUGGGGCUGCGCCCUUUCCGAGGCCUUCGCGUCCGCGCUCUGUCCCCGUACGCCCCCGGCCGCGGCGCCCUAAGCCUGUGCGCACCUUCACUCAGGGGCGACGGGCUCGGAGGGCGGCCCGAGGUCUCCCCGCCUAGUGGAGCUCCGGGGUUCUGGCUGAGCCCGCAGGGCCUGCUCCGUUUGCCCUCUUCUCACGACCCGGUUCUGUUCGCGGGAUCCGGUGGCGGCCCUGGCGCUGAUGGACGGGGCUCAGGGCUGUGUGACCUUCGAGGAUGUGUUCGUGUACUUUUCCCGGGAGGAGUGGGAGCUCCUUGAGGAAGCCCAGAGACUCCUGUAUCGUGAUGUGAUGCUGGAGAACUUCGCACUUGUGUCCUCGCUGGGUUGUUGGCGUGAAACCGAUAAUGAGGAGACUCUUUCUGAGCAGAGCAUUUCUGUGGGAGUGUCGCAGCUCGGGACUCCUGAGUUGGGUGCAUUUAUCCAGAAAGCCCACCCAUGUGAGGUGUGUGACCCACUCUUAAAAGACAUCUUGCACUUGGCUGAACACCAGGGAUCACAGCCCUUGCAGAGACUGUACACAUGUGGCCCAUGUGGGAGAGGAUUCUCGUUCAGUGCAGACUUUCACCAGCACCACAAGCGAUACAGUGAAGAGGAUCUCUUCAGAGCAGAUGCUGGUGGGGCCUCACACGGGAAGAACUGUGCAGCCCACAUGUUAUGGAGACCCCUUACUUGCAAGAAGGAAGGGAUGGGCUUGUUGGACAGCUCUGGUCUCUUCCAUUGCCAGACCACUGGCAGUGGGAUGACUCCACACAACAGGACCGAGUUCAUGGCAACUUUCCCACACAGCACCAGUCUUGGCCCACACCAGGGAGACCAGGAUGGACUGGUGCUUUUCAGUUGCACUGACAGUGCGAAGGGCUUCCUGAAUACCUUUACUCUCCGUGACAGCCAGCUAAUUCGUACUGAAGUAAGACCCUGUAGAUGCCCACCGUGUGGGAAUCUGUCCAAGGAGAAAUCAGCACUUAUUAAUCACAGGAAAGUUCACAGUGGAGAAAUACCACAUGUGUGUAAAGAGUGUGGGAAGGGUUUCAUUCACUCGUCUCACUUAAAAAUGCACCAGAGAUUUCACGCUGGAAAAAGACAUUACACAUGCAGUGAGUGUGGGAAAGCCUUCAGCCGGAAAGACACACUUGUUCAGCACCAGAGAGUUCACACCGGAGAAAGGUCUUACGACUGCAGUGAGUGUGGAAAGGCCUACAGCAGAAGUUCCCACCUUGUUCAACACCAGAGGAUUCACACUGGCGAAAGGCCUUAUAAGUGUAGUGAGUGUGGAAAAGCCUUCAGCCGCAAAGACACACUCGUGCAACACCAGAGAUUUCACACGGGAGAGAGACCUUAUGAGUGCAGCGAAUGUGGGAAAUUCUUUAGCCAGAGCUCCCACCUUAUUGAGCACUGGCGGAUUCACACUGGGGCAAGGCCUUAUGAGUGCAUUGAAUGUGGAAAGUUCUUUAGCCAUAACUCGAGCCUCAUUAAACAUCGGAGGGUGCACACAGGAGCAAGGUCUUACGUGUGCAGCAAAUGUGGGAAAGCUUUCAGCUGCAAAGACACUCUUGUUCAGCACCAGAUAAUUCACACUGGCGCAAGGCCUUAUGAGUGCAGCGAGUGUGGGAAAGCCUUCAGCCGUAAAGACACUCUUGUGCAACACCAGAAAAUCCAUACUGGAGAAAGGCCUUACGAGUGUGGUGAAUGUGGGAAAUUUUUUAGCCAUAGCUCCAACCUUAUUGUACACCAGAGAAUUCACACUGGAGCGAAGCCUUAUGAGUGCAGUGAAUGCGGAAAAUGCUUUAGCCACAAUUCCAGCCUCAUUCUACACCAGAGAGUUCACACCGGCGCAAGGCCUUAUGUGUGCAGUGAAUGUGGGAAGGCCUACAUCAGUAGCUCCCACCUUGUUCAGCACAAGAAGGUUCACACUGGAGCAAGACCUUAUGAAUGCAGCGAAUGUGGGAAAUUCUUUAGCCGAAACUCUAGCCUCAUUCUACAUCAGCGGGUUCACACUGGGGAAAAGCCGUACGUGUGCAGCGAAUGUGGGAAAGCCUACAGUAGAAGUUCCCAUCUUGUUCGGCACCAGAAAGUUCACACUGGAGAAAAGUCUCAUGAGUGCAGCAGUUUUGGUGGUCCUUUAGCUACAUCUCUUAAACUUGUUUAGUUCCAGAAAGCUCACAAUAGAGAAAGGCCUUAUGAAUGUAGAAUAUGUUCCAUCUCCUUGUUUGACUUGAUAGGAUUCACACCAGAGAAAAUAUCGGCAAGUACCCUUUGUGAGGGAACCAGCAGCCGGCCGGUGAGCCUCGUCCAUUUGUACAGGUAUCAUGGGGACAGUCCCAGUCAGUACCGCAUAGAUGGGAAGCUUUCAUGAGGUGCUUUGCACUUUCCAAACCAUCCAGGGCUCUUGACACAGUUCUGUCACCACCAGUGCCUGUGGCGGAAGCCAUCUAAUUGCUCCCAGCUGUCCAAGGUCCCACAGUGUGUUGUCAGUCACUCCUGUUCUCUGGAGGGAAUCAUGAGUGUUCUGAGACCAGUGAGGCCCUCACUUCCUCCCCCAUAACUGGAUUCUGAGUGGACAUGAUCCUGCUCUGGCCAGAAGGAUCUGAACUGGAGUCUGCUGGGAUUUCCAGACAAGAUUUCUCUUCAUGAACAAGGUUGACUGUAAAUGUAACCACUACGAACUCAUUUGUCUUCUUCUGAGUCACCCAACUUUAGAACUGCUUGCCCCAUGCUGGUCUGAUCUGUGCAGUGACACAGGCCUGCUGUGGCAGUCUUUACCAUUGUGUGUGUGGUGGGGUCUGAUCGCUGUGUGUAGUGGAUUAAGAAAAAGUUGGGUUCUUCCACCGUGAAGGGAAGAGCGCCUCUUGUCUGCACCAACUUCAUGUGCCUCAGAAGGGUUAGCAGGAUGGCAGAGAACAGAUCUCAGUCUAGUUAGCCUAAUUUGUAUUAUGCCCAAGGCUUGGUAGAAAAAAGCAAAGCACUUUGUGUGCCUCAGCGUACGGUCUGGAAGGCAAGAUUUCCUGCGAGUCCAGAGUUCAUUUCUGAGGAGGGCAUAGUUGCUGUGAAGAUCUCCAGUGCUUCUGGAAACGUGAAUUGGGUCUCUCGUUCCUAGGGAAUGUCCCAUAUUCCCCAGCACUUCUGAGGGAUUUCUGUCUCCUAGAUCUGCAUAGGAGCCAGUCCCUGAUGUCCAGAAUCCCCUAGGGAAGUGUCACUGACUGGAAGGCCCACAGGGCAAGGCGGGGCUCAUAAUUGGUACAGAAACACUGAGAUAGUGGAGUGGGGCUGAAUGUGGCCAGUGCGAGGCUAUGUGUCUCUUCUAGCAGAGGCGUCUGCAGAUGUCCCUGUGAUUUUUGUGGGAUGAGAAUGUAGAAAUUCUCUGGACCCUCAGACAUCUGUAUCUCCUGUGGCCAAGGCCACUCAGUGUUUAAAGGUUUGUGGAUUCCUGUAUCUGCCUGGGCUGUUGGUGUUGUGGCCAUCACUACACAGGCAGGAACCUCAGCAUGGACGAAAGAGAGAUCCAAGGGUAGGGCUUCUCUGACCCAGCUGGCAUUCCUAGUGACUGGAGAGGACGUGGAUUGCAUUGCUCUCUGGUUUUUGCUGACAUUCAGGUGGGGCUCAUCCUCCUAAAUUGGGAGGGGGAUAUGGGAGAACCAAGACAGUGGGCAGAUGGGACUUUCUAAGAGGGAUGGUAAAUAGGGACUGGAUGGGCAACGCUUAGUUCUCAAAAACUUUACUGCAGUGUUAUUGACAUGAAAUGAACUGCACACAUGAAAGUGUGAAAUGUGUCCUGUUUCAGCAUGUGUAUAUGCCUGUGAAACCAUAACCACAGUGAACAUAAUGAACGUAUUCGACACAACCAGAAGCUUCCUUGUGUCCCUUUAUAAUCCUUUUAUCUCAGUCUUUCUAAUACCCUUUCCCACAACUCAUGAACAACAAGCAUUUUCUAGAAUUUUGUGUGGACAGAAUCAUUCGGUAUAUACAUUGGGGGGAGUGGGGGCUGUAGCCCUUCUCACGGUCCAUAACGGUUUUGAGAUUACUGCGUCUCAUCGCCUGUCUCCAUAGGUCGUUCAGUUGUGCUGUGGAGGGUUUCUCCGUCGUAUGCAGAGGCCGCCCCUGUUUCUCGUCCGUUCAGCUGUCAGUGGAUGCUUGGGUUGUUCCCAGUGUGGGACUGUUCCAAAGAAAGCUGCUCUGAAGAUCUCUGUGCAAGUUACCACUUAAUAACAUGUCGCUAUAUGAAUGUGCCAGUUUGUCUAUCUUUUCACCCACUGAGGGACGUCCUGGCUGCUUCCAAAUUUGGCACUUAGGAGUAAACCUAUAGUAUACAUUGUGUGUAGGUUUUGUGUGGAUUUAAGUUUUCAUCUCUUGGGUUCUAGCCAAGGAGUGUGAUUUACUGGAUUAUGUAAUAAGAGUAUGUUUAGAUUUGUAAGAAACUUUUUCUUUUAAAGAUUUUAUUUAUUUGAGAGAGAGAGCACAGUGGGGGGAAGGGCAAAGGGAGAAGCAGACCCCCCACUGAGCAGGAAGCCUGAUGUGGGCUUGACUCCAGGACCCUGGCUUCCUGACCUGAGCCGAAGGCAGAUGCUUAACCAACUGAGCCACCCUGGCGCCCCUGUAAGAAACUGUCUUGCACAGUGGCGGUACCAUUUCACACUCCCACCAGCAGUGAAUGAUUAUCUCUGUUGCUCCCCAUCCGCAUCAGCAUUUGGUUGGUGUCAGUGUUUUGGAAUUUGGCCAUUGUGAUAGGUGUGUAAUGGUAGGUCAUUGUUGCUUUAAUUUGAAAUUCCCUAACGACAAGUAGUAUCAUUUUCGUAUUCAUAUUUCAUAUCAAACUGUCUUUUGCAGAGCAGAAUUUUAAUUUUAGUCAAGUUCAAAUCACCCAGUUUUUCUUAAGGAUUGUAUUUGGUGUUGUCUAUAAAGCAUUGCCAAAUCCAAGGUCACCUGCAUUUUGCUCAAUGUUAUCGUCUAGGUCUUCUGUAGUUUUGUGUUUUGCAUUUAGGUCUCUUACCCAUUUUGAGAAAAUAUUUGUGCAAGUAUAAAUUCUAUAUCUAGAUCAUAUUUUUAAAAAGAUUUUGUUUAUCUGAGAGGGAAUACACAAGCCAGGAGAGGAGCAGAGGAAA